UACAUCUUCACUUUCUUUGUGUAACUUCCUCUGUCAUUUCUUAUUCUAUGUUAUUCUAUUUUUUUCUUUGGUUUUUUUGGUAUACAUUGGUGCUGGAUUGAAGAUUGGUGGUGUUUUAGGUUUUCAAAGAAGUUGCCUUACUAGGUUUUGGGGACCGAACAGAAACCCUAGAAUGGGAUUUUGGUGUGGAUUGAGGUUGAAUUGCUUUAGCUAAGGAGUCUUUUAAGACUAUGAGUUUUCCCUUUGGCUUGUUUUCUUGAUUUUAUCGACCUGGUUGCGUUAUUGUAUAUUCUAUGCAGCAGUCAUUGUUAUUCACUUUGAGGUCCUUUUAAUUUAAAUUUGGUUACAAUGGAAGAGUAAUGGUGGUUAAAUAUAAUUUGUGUUUUUUUUUUUUUUUUAUUUCCGGUUAUAACAUGCAAACUCCAUGGAUUCUUCUUCUUCAAAAAAAAAAAAAACUCCAUGGUACUGUAAUGGCAUUCCUAGGGGACGUACAUAUUUAAACCAGAUGCUCACUGCCACUACUGGCUGGUUGUGUGAUUUGGGACUAUUGAAAUUUCAACAACUCUCUGGUAAUUAAUACUUAGUGAGACCUGUUUUUAGUUAAAUUGCAUCCUUGAAAAUCUGUGGAGUGAAAUUCUUGAUCAACAAUGGGAGGCUGAAGUUGUUGAAUCAAAGUAAUGUUAGGUACCUAACCAAUACACCCCAAAUCCCUUGGGUGAUCGAAAUGGGGAAAGUUGGGCCCUUAAACCACCUAGGAUUGUAACAUAUCACCACCACGCUCCGUAGCUGACGUCCUUGGCAGCUCUCACUCUAUGGUGGCUCUCAACUCUGUGGCGGCUUUCACUCUGAUUCAGGUAGACCUUUCCAUAGGUAGCCCUUUCCAUAGGUAGCCCUUUCCUAGGGCGACAUCCUCAGCGCGGCUCUCACUCUAUGGUGGCUUUCACUUUUUCAGGUAGCCCUUUCUAUAGGUAGCCCUUUCCACAGGUAGCUCUUUCCUAGGAUUUGAACCUGGGUCACAAUGGUUGCUCUGAUACCAAAUGUUAGUUACCUGACCAAUAUACCUCAAAACCCUUGAGUGAUGGAAACGCCAAAAGUUACGCCCUUAAACCACUUAGGAUCAUAACAAGUAAAUGAAGGUAUCUCAAAGCAACGGAAGACUUUAAUGUUUCAAUUAAAUUUAUUGUAUUUCCUCCUUUUUUGGUUGUCUACAGUAUAUUUAUUUUGAGUGUAUGUUUAAUUCGUAGAAGAAAAUUUCGUUGGUUCCUUAGGUAAGAAUCUUGCUGUUUGUCAAAUAGGUUUUUUGCUCAAACUAGGCUCUGCAAUUGAAACCUUUUAUGUAAUCAUGGUGCCAUGUACAGGCCAAACAUGGAAAAUGCAGUUACCAAUAAAUCUAUCAUCUACAGUUUACCAGUUCAGAAUAACGGGGAAGGAUACUUUGAUUCAUCAAAACUAUCAUGGUCCCAGAUAUCAGAAAGAGGAAAGGUAGUAGAUGUUGCAGUCAUUCCUUUCGAUAGAGUUGAUGAUUUUGUUAAUGGUGAAUCAAGGCACAAGAAAUGCCCCACUAAUUUUUUCAGGAGAAGCACCCGAAAGAAGAAUACGAAAAUGGGCAAAGGGAUCGAUAUUACUUACAUGUGUUCAUAUGGGCGUAAGGACUAUAGACCUCAGAGCACUGAACAAGAACUGGAUGCUCAUAGUGAUGCACAAGUUCAAAAGAAUGUUAGGUCUGAAUCAAAUGUUCGGAAGCGGAGGAGACUGGGACGAAAAAGAGGGUGUCUGUGCACUUUCACUAUUUCCCAAUUGCCUGACAGCCAUAUGAAUGCUGUUAUCAAAUACAGGGAAAGAAGACAUGUGGAUAAAAAUGGAUGGCCUUGUCAUGGUCCCGAUGACCCUACAACACGCGAGGGCUACUUCCUUUGAUAUUAUAUAGAUAGCAAAAACCCAUCUUUCUCUUUAUGAUCCACCAUGUUACAAGUAUAUAUGAGCUCUCAUAUGGAAGUGUGGAGAAACUUUGAAUUCUACUGUAGAGCCCACCAGAAUGGUCAGGGUAUCCUGUAUUUAAAAGCUUCGCAAACUGAAUUAGCUUUGUGGUGUACAGGCACUCAGUCGAUGAAGGUUUUGAAUUUGGAACUUUGUUUCUUGUUCCUCAUAGUCUUGUCAGUGUUUGGUUUUUGCCAAAUUGGAAUGUAAACGGGAGACAUUUUGAACUUUUUAUUCAGGGAUCAUGUCACUAUGAAGCUGUCAAAGACACUGAUGUUAAAGUUGUGUCAGAUGACUUGAGCUUGUACAUUUCUUUGAUGAUGUUUUUAGUUUUUAACCCAAAUGGCUGCAAGUCUCUAGUUCAGUCCUUUGACCAUAAGUUGAUUCGUUCUAUAUUUCAUUUUCUUUGUCUUUAA